AUGAAGAUGAUUUGCGAAGAAGAGAUCGAGCUCGAUCGAGCUGAGGAUCGAGCUGAGGCUCAAGCUGAAGAUGAGUGCAGGAAAGCGGAUUUGGGUGAGCCUGAGUGCUAUUACUUUGAGGAGUAUGAGGCUCCAAGGAUGAACCCCUCUGUUGUGGCUGCCACAAGAGGAUUGGACUUCUCCAAAAAUCAAGAGCUUGGAGAAGAAGUUUCUGGUUCUUCAAGCAAGAAGAAGAAGUCCAAGGCCCCACAUUCCCUAGGAGUAGUCACUCCUCACCACUCAAGGAGGCUCCCUGCCCAAGAGCCUCACAGAGCCUCUUCUUUCGAGCCAAGGGAAGGAGAAGACAACACGCAGAGAAGGAGGAAGACUUCCAAGGCCAGACGCUCCAGCUCGACCACCGGACUCGAUCGAGUCCAAACAGAGGAAACUCAACUCGAUCGAGCUGACGGUCGAGCUGACCUGGAGGAGCCCCAGUUCGAGGAUCCGGGAUUUGAAUACGAUCCCAUGCCUUACCAGGAGCCUCCCCGGAGUAGAUGGAACCCCUAUGGACAGUACGAGCUACCAAUGCUCCACCAAGGCCAAGGAAGCCACACACAUUUCAACGAUGAAGAAGAGGAGGAAGAGGAGCCACAAGCUCGAUCGAGUGAGCCACAAGAGCAACCCAGUUGCAUGGAGUGCUCCUGA